AUGGCCUGCAGCCUCAUGCUCUGCCUCAGCUCUGCUUCUCUUAUAGACAGGCACCUUCUUUAUCAUAAAAGAACCCACAAAGCCCUAGUUUUGCUGGGCUUUGAUACCACAAAGACUGACAACAAAAAACUUUCGGCUUAGAGAUACAAACUAAUUUAAAAGUUGACCAAGAUUCCUAAACAUUCUGAGACACAUAAGCAGAAGGUUGGUUAUUCAUUUGAAUUCCUUAUGGAUAAUCACACUUCCACAUCAUAUCGUGAUCUUGCUAUUAUUAACAAUCCUGCUACUUUUAAGAAAGAAAAUAAUUAUUUACUAAAACCAUUAUCAAUUUGCCAAGAUAAAAAUUCCACAUGGCAGGGAGACAAGCAAGACAGGCUGCUUGUGCUCGACAACUAUGGAAAUAGAUCAGGUAGAUGUUUUUGGGGGUUAAUUGAUGGCUUUCAUGGUGUGGCAGCUGCAACAGUUGCAGCAGAGCUUCCACUUUUACUUCUUGACCAGCCUGCUCCAACAGCUUCCUCCUGAAAGGAUAAAUGGCAAGUUCUAGAUUCUUGUGCCACACUAAUCAGGGCACAUUACAGAAAAAAGAGAUUUUUCUCUGAUAAACCAGACAAUGACAAGACCCAUACUUACGAAUGGAUUCACAAAGCGUAUGCCAAACCCUUUUGGAGAAUGCAUAGACUUUUACCACUGGGAAGGAAUGAGGUUUCCAAAGUUCACUGGAGUGGCUGUUCAGCAGUUACCUGCUUGGCAGAAAGAAUCUCCAGCAAAGAGACAGACGGCACUGAGGAAAAAGAAAGACGACACUUCAAAAACAACAGACAGUCCAUUAGCCAGGAUAGCCAAAGAAGGAACUAUUUGCAAAGUGGAGUUUCUUAAGAAACUGAUGACCACAAAAAUCAAACUGAUCCAGAACUCUCUCUUUUCAGUACGAAUGAAGUAAAUUCAUGGAACAGACAUAUAAACCAGCCCGAUUCUAGCACGCAAGGUGGUUCUGAAGAACUGAAACAGUUUGAGGACAGAGAAGUUUAUCUAUGUAACAGUUUUCCGCCACAGUCACAGGCUGCAGAGCAAGAAAGAGUCACCAAUGCUUUCUGUUCAACAGGUCCAAGUUGCACCCAUAAACAGCUGCAAGAGAACGUAUUGGCAAUAGGGUCUGAAGAUAUGAAACAGCCCCCAAAAAAUAUAAAAGCACACCUAAUUGACUCAGGUCCACAACUGGCAGAAAAAAUGGACUCCAAGAUAUUUUGUGACAAACCUGCAAGUUACGCUAGCCACGAGCUGCUAAAGACUGUAUCACCAGUGGGUUCUAAACCACCACCACAGUCUGAAGAGGACACAAACACAUACCUGCCUAAUUGCAAAUCACAAACUGCAGGAAGAGGCAGAGUCACCUCUGAGACACUCUAUGACAACGCAGGAAACUACAUUAGUGAAAAACUAGUAAAGACAGCAGUAGCUGCAGGUUCAAGAUAUAAUAUUACUAUUUUGAUGGUACUUCCUAAUGGAUGCAAUAAGAUACCCAAUUACCUCAGCACUUAAAAAUUUAUCAUAGGAU